AUGGCGAGCAACUUCGAAAUCUCCUCUCCUCGCUCUCAAGGUAGUCUUGUUACAGUUCUAAGCAUAGACGGAGGAGGGGUGAGAGGAAUUAUUCCAGGAAUCAUUCUUGCCUUUCUUGAAUCCAAGCUUCAAGAGCUUGAUGGAGAGGAAGCAAGGCUUGCAGACUAUUUUGAUGUGAUUGCUGGAACAAGCACUGGUGGUUUAGUGACCACAAUGCUAACUGCUCCUAAUAAGAGUAAUCGGCCAAUGUAUUCAGCCAAAGAUAUCAAAGAUUUCUAUUUAAAGCAAUCGCCUAAGAUCUUUCCUCAAAAUGGUUUAUCUGAAGACUCAAAUGGCAAUACUCGAAGCUUCAAUCUCAUUGAUGGUGGACUUGCAGCAAAUAAUCCAACUUUGCUUGCCAUGAAUAUUGUGAGCAAGAACAUUUUCCUGGAAAGACAAGACUACUUUCCUAUAAAUCCAGUGGAAUACAGCAAGUUUCUUGUACUUUCUGUUGGUACUGGAUCAGCCAAGGCAGAAGAGAACUACAAUGCAAAAGAUGCAGCUAAGUGGGGAGUGCUUCGAUGGCUAUAUAACAAUGGUGGCACGCCUAUCAUCGACAUAUAUUCACAAGCAAGUGCAGACAUGGUUGAUAUCAUGACUUGCAUUCUCUUCAAAACUCUACAUUCAGAGAACAAUUAUCUUCGCAUUCAGGAUGACACAUUGAUGGGGAGCACAUCAUCAGUGGACAUCUCAACGACAGAGAACUUAGAAGAGUUGGUGAAGAUUGGAGAGAAUUUGAUUGAGAAGAAUGUGUCGAGGGUGAAUAUAGAGACUGGGAUAUAUGAGCCUGUCAAAGGUGGAGGAACUAAUGAAGAAGCCUUGAUUCACUUUGCACACUUACUUUCAAAGGAAAGGAAGAGAAGAAUUAAUGGUACAAAAAUGGCAGCCGCUGCUUAA